GUCCCCGCUUCCAGUUGUCCAUAUGACACAGGAGCUGCUCCUAUCAGACUCCAGAUCCACCUGAUCCUCUGAAGACGAGCGACACAUCGGCCACGGGACCUCACCAUGGACUCCAGACUCAUCUUCUUUUUCACCUCAGCCCUCAUUGCGGCGGCAGCGGUGGCCGCCUCGCUGUCUGGCAGCACUGCACAGUGCAAAAUCAAAUGGUUGUUUGGCAUCGAUUGCGGGGACGUCAGUGGGAAGCUGGUGAACCAGAUCCAGGCCUGGCAGGUGAAGGAAAGCUGUGUGGAAACAGGAGAGAAGUGCUCCUACGAGCUUGUUUCCUCAGCUCCUUAUCUGAUCAAGGCCACUCACACGUCCCCCAGAACCAAGAAGCUGAACAGCCUCCAGUUUCUUCUUGAGCAGUCCACCGUUUGCAAAGUGACUGGGGAGGCGUCGUCCGAAGGCUCCAGAGACCAGGCUGACAACAGCACAAACUUCUGCAGCCUGCAGAACCUGAUGAACGGUCAGAAGCAUGCCUCUCUGGAGUGCAACAGGUCACAUGUCUGCUUGUGUUCCCGCUUGCUUAGGGAUCAGGUGAAAAAUGUUGGAUUUCUUUUCUGUUUCAGGAAGUAGACUGACUGAUGCUGAGGGAUACAAGCAGUUCAGCAACAAGUGGAUCUGUCCUGGCUUUGACACUGCCAGCUGCAGCUUGGAUUAGGAGAGGAGGCCUGAGGUCCCACACUGAUAUAGCUGAGAAGGAUCAGAAGUUUCUUGCACAACCACAAAUGGGAAGGUUUUGGCUGUAUAUGAAAAGAUAAACAUUACUGUUUUUUUUUAAGGAAAAUCCUUUCAGAAACACGGCUUCAUCCUUCUGGAGGUUUUCACAUAUUUUAACGUCAGGACAGCAAACUUCCUUGUGUUCAUUUUAAGGAUUUAAUGUGACGGACCAGCACAAAGUGGUGCAUAAGGAUAAAAUGAAAAUAAAAAUGGUUUUGAUUUUUUUUUGUACAAUAAAAAUUAAGAAGUGUGCAUUUGUAUUGAGCUUCCUGAGUGUAUACUCUGUAAAACCAGCUUUGAUAUGUCUCUUUUUACAUCUCAGAGACUAAUGUUUCUGCCUUUUCUUCUUCGUAAAGUAGCUUAAGCUCAGUUUAGAUAGAGAGCAUCUGUUGACAGCAGUCUUGGUAACAUUUUGGUCUUGACUUUGGUCCAUUCUAACACAUAGAUAUGCUUUGAUCUAAACCCCUCCACUGUGGAACAUCUAGAUUUAUACUUCAUUACACCCAGGUAGACAAUUUACUGAUCAGGUAACUUCUGAGGAGAGCUGGCUGCAGUGGAUUUUAUUGGUUUCAGAUUCAGGGUGGCUGGUUGCUCAUCCUUGACUUUAUUUUUAGUUUUAAAUAAAAUGGUCAAGUAUGGAUCCUCUUCCUUUUCACUUUACAACUAUGCACUUGAUCAUGUUUGUCUAUCACAAAAAGCCCUAUUUAAAUAUUUUAAGGACUGAGGCUGUAAAGUGGUAAAAUGUGGUAUAAAUACAUUU